AUAAUUGUUUAUUUCCAUCAAUAUAAUACAUACAUAUAUGUGCUCACGAAUGGAUGUCAUCCAUUCAAAUAAAUCAUCAUCAUUUCAUGAGAUUCAUCAUAAAACACACAUCAUCCAUCCAUCAGCUGUGUGAAUUUUACUCUCUUCUUCUAUUUUUUUUUUUAUUUGUUUAUUUCAUCUCAACUUCUUCAACAAGGAAUGUCGAUAUUACGAAAGUAGCUUUACAAAUAGCCUUUUAUAAACAACAAGGGAAAAAAAGGAACACUUGUUUUCUCAGUUGAUCACCUAAAAAGUGAUUAAAUAUAUAUAAUCUCCGAUCUUCAUGAGAUAUAAGUACUAAAACUUAUAGUAGUAUUCUGGUAUCUCAGAGAUCGGAAUUUGAUCUGAGCGUCAAGAAUGGAAAAUGCAGCAAUGGAGUACUCAUCAACAAGCGUACCUCCAGGGUUUCGAUUUCGCCCCACCGAAGAAGAAUUGGUUGGCUACUAUCUCAGCAGAAAGGUCAACUCUCUUAAAAUUGAUCUUGAUGUCAUCAUUGAUAUCGAUCUCUACAGAAUCGAGCCAUGGGAUAUUCAAGAGAGGUGCAAAUCAGGAAGCGUGUCGGAACAAAACGAGUGGUAUUUCUUCAGUCACAAGGACAGGAAAUAUCCGACAGGGACGCGAACGAAUAGGGCAACAGCAGCUGGUUUUUGGAAGGCAACAGGAAGAGACAAAGCUGUACACUCAAAGGAGGACAAACUGAUAGGAAUGAGAAAGACAUUGGUGUACUACGAGGGGCGUGCCCCUAAUGGUAGAAAGAGCGAUUGGAUCAUGCACGAAUAUCGCAUCCAGGCAUCUGAACACGAACCUACUCAGGAAGAAGGAUGGGUUGUUUGUCGUGCAUUCAAGAAGCCAAGUCCAAGUCACAAACAAGGUUUCGAAGCUUGGAACAACAACACUAAUUACUAUGCCAUCAGGUCAUCAUCAUCAGACAUCACAAAUUACAGGCAUCCGUCCUCAUUUCCUAGUAAUACCUCGACAAAUCUAUUAAUACAUAAAGAUGAUAUUCUUGAUGAUCUCGGCCUUAUAAGUAAUCAAAGUGGAGCAAGUAAUAGCUGUACACCAGUUAAUAUUAAUCAGCCUCCACUAACAAUAUUUCCAGUAGAUCAGUCCGAUAAUGAUCUCAAGACUGGAUUUAUAAGCCGUUUAGAAAUAAGCCAAAUGGUAGAGCUUCCGAAGCUCGACAGCCCCUCCGAUGACAAGAUAAGUAGUUUUGGUGAUAUGUCGUACAGCGAAUGGAAGAGCUUUGACAAGCUACAUUAUUCUACUUGUACUCAAGUAGAGGAGAUUAAUGCGGCAUCAUCAUCAUACGCAUACACAAACAUGCACGAUAAUUAUCAUGACUUAUUAGAUGAUCACACUCAUAUAAGCAAUGUACUUGAAUGCUUCCCUCACUUGUAGCUAUCCUCUCUACAUUAUAUAAUUUAUAUUUUGCAUUAUAUUCAUUUCAUAUUUAGGAUUUUCAAUUGAAAAUGUACAAAUAACUGACUUUUUCAAAAGUUGGGCUUAGAUCAUAUAUAUAU